AUGACCUCCGAGCUCCCGAUCCAUCUCCCGACGGAAAUUGUCGUUCAGAUCGUGACCGACGUCGCUGCCGAUGAGUCCGCGCAAACAUCCCUUUUCGCCUGCUGCUUAGUAUCCCGGCAGUGGUACUCAUGUGCCAUUAAGUUGCUUUACGAGAAUCCGCAAAUAAAUACCGGAACGAGCUUUACGAGAUUUACGAAUACAAUAUGCCCUCCGAUCGGAGCCCGCAAGAGCAAGUGGAAUCUUGGGGCGCUCGUUCACCGUCUCGAUUUGAGCUCCCUCGUCCAUCACAGCUCUCCCAGUCUGACUGCACGCCUAUUGGGGCGGGUAAAAGAUAAUUUGGAGGUUUUUUUGGCGCCCAGGGCAUCAUUUGCGUCGAAUAGUCUACCCUCGCUUUCGAAAUGUUCCAAACUCCGGCUCCUGGACCUUUCUCUCGUGGCGACUCCCAUGAUGUUCAAAGACCUCAAAAAGAGCCUGAGUGGUCUCGAAGAUUUACGCACACUCCGCCUUCCGCAGUCAACUUCUGUCAUGGAUGCUGAGUCGUUCAGUAUACCUUGGCCGCCUCAUAUCCGCCGACUUCAAUUCAGCGGCCACUUUUCCGCUGCUCCCAUGCGGUCCUUCCCAUGGCCGCCGUCUCUCACAACUUUGACCCUGAAGAACUGCGCCGAUCUCUCUCUAACAAAUCUCAGCAGCCUCAUGUGCAGCCCGGACUUGAGUCGCACCCUGAAACGCCUCACCAUAUCGGGGCAGAACCGCCACUUAAGUGCGGAUUCUAUCACCUCAAUCCUUGCCAUGGUUCCCGAGUUAUCCUUUCUCAGCAUUCCCGGUGACAUGGUCGAUGGCACUUUCUUUGAGCUACUCUGCCACAUCGGUCUUCCUACACUCGAGGUCCUUGAAUUCGGGUAUCCGAGUGUAGACCCAGAGGUUUAUUUCACUACGGAGAGUUUGCUCAAAGCCCUUGACUACGGACUUCCAAACCUCACCGCCGUAGGCUUUGCGGAGAUCUUUUGCUCCGGCGAGGACUCGCUAGACGAUGAUGCGGUCGAUGAUUUUCUGUUGAAACGCGCUGAAACUAGCAAGUCCUCCCAGACUGGCACUGGAAGGGUUGAUCCGGGCGUUUACUAUGUCUGA